GGCCAGCGCCCAGCGAUGCGGGGCCGGCGCGGCAGGCCGCCCAAGCAGCAGCAGCCGGCGGCGGCCGCCGCUCCGGCGAGCGCCCCGGCCCCGGCGGGCCCCAUCGGCGGGCUGCGCUCCCGGCAGCGCGGCAGCAGCCGCGGCAGGUGGGCGGCCGCGGCCCAGGCGGAGACGGCGGGGCCCAAGCAGAAGGGAGCCGGCGCUGCCCAGGCCUCGUCGCCCGCCGCCGCCGCCGCCUCGCCCAGGGGGGGCGGCAAGAGGAAGGCGGGCGGCGGCGGCAGCAGCACCCCCGGUGGGGGAGGCAGCGGCGGUAAGGGCAGGGGCAGGGCCGGGGCGGCAGGAGCAGGGGGAGGAGGAGGCGCAGGAGGCAGCUGCAACAGCCAAGGCAGGGCAGCCUCGUCCAGGAGGAGCAUCAGCAAAGUGGUGUACGACGAUCAUGAGAGCGAGGAGGAGGAGGAGGAGAGCAUGGUGUCCGAGGAGGAGGACGAGGGAGACCCCGAGGAUAACCAGGACUCCGAGGAGGAAGAGGAGGAGGAGAUAAUGGAGGAGGAGGACGACGACGACUCUGACUACCCCGAAGAGAUGGAGGAUGAAGACGAUGCCAGUUAUUGCACUGAGAGCAGCUUCAGGAGCCACAGCACCUACAGCAGCACCCCAGGUAGGAGAAGACAAAGAGCACAUCGUCCUCGUUCUCCAAUAUUGGAAGAAAAAGAUAUCCCACCCUUGGAGUUUCCUAAAUCCUCAGAGGACUUAAUGGUGCCUAGUGAGCAUAUAAUGAAUGUUAUUGCCAUCUAUGAGGUACUAAGGAACUUUGGCACUGUUUUGCGCCUCUCUCCUUUUCGUUUUGAGGACUUCUGUGCUGCUCUGGUAAGUCAAGAGCAGUGCACACUUAUGGCAGAGAUGCAUAUAGUGCUGUUAAAAGCAGUUUUACGUGAAGAAGACACUUCAAAUACUACCUUUGGACCUGCUGACCUCAAAGAUAGCGUUAAUUCCACUUUGUAUUUCAUAGAUGGAAUGACGUGGCCAGAGGUUCUGCGGGUAUAUUGUGAGAGUGACAAGGAAUACCAUCAUGUUCUUCCUUACCAAGAGACAGAGGACUAUCCUUAUGGACCAGUAGAGAAUAAAAUCAAAGUUCUGCAGUUCUUAGUGGAUCAGUUUCUUACCACAAACAUUGCACGUGAGGAGUUAAUGUCAGAAGGUGUUAUUCAGUAUGAUGAUCAUUGUAGGGUUUGUCACAAACUUGGGGAUUUGCUUUGCUGUGAGACUUGCUCGGCUGUGUACCACUUGGAGUGUGUGAAGCCCCCUCUGGAGGAGGUGCCCGAAGACGAGUGGCAGUGCGAGGUCUGCGUGGCACAUAAGGUGCCUGGAGUGACUGACUGUGUGGCUGAAAUCCAAAAAAACAAACCGUACAUCCGACACGAACCCAUUGGAUACGACAGGCACCGGCGGAAAUACUGGUUCCUGAACAGGAGAAUCAUCAUAGAGGAAGAUUCAGAAAGUGAGAAGGAUAAGAAAAUCUGGUACUACAGCACAAAGAUCCAGCUGGCAGAGUUGAUUGAAUGCCUGGACAAGGAUUACUGGGAAGCUGACCUAUGCAAAACCCUGGAUGAGAUGCGUGAAGAAGUUCAUCGGCACAUGGAUGUGACAGAAGACCUUACAAACAAAGCAAGGGGCAGCAACAAGUCUUUCCUUUCUGCAGCAAAUGAUGAAAUUUUGGACAUUAUCAGAGCAAGAAAAGGAGAAAUAGUGGAAGAUAAAAACACAGGAGAUGAGGAAGCAGAAAAGGCCAAAAGUGAUGCUGAUAAUGACCAGACAGAUGCUGAGAGAGACAAGGAAGAAUCUGGAGACCAGGAUAAAAUUGAGGAAACACACAGUGAGCAAGAUGUGGAAAAAGAGAAAGCAGAAGAGGCAACAGUCGUUGGGGAUAAAAGUAACUCUGUGACCUCCAGCACUGAUGACAGCACCACAAAUCCUUCUGCAGGAGAGAAUAGUUGCUCUGAAGGGAAGGACGCAGUGGGGUGUCAGUCAGAAACCCUUGAUAGCAACAACGUGGCAGAGAAGAAGGUGGCAUCAGAGCUCCCUCUGGAACUCUCAGAAGAAACAGGUCAGAUGGUCCCCAGCAGUGGUUCUGCUGCACCUCCACAGGCAGAUGUUGAGAACAGCAGUGGCAGCGAGCUGGGCUCUGGGCACAACGACUCCAUUAAAACUCUUGAUGAUGCUGAAAAUGCAGAGAGGGGAUCCCAGGCUUCAGAGGAUUUAGGAGAGAAAUCCAAUGGUGAAAGAAGUGAUUCUCCAGGUGCAGGGAAAGGCACGCCAGGCUCGACACGGAUGCUCACCAGGUUGAGGAAUCCAGAUAGCAAACUGAGCCAGAUGAAAAGCCAGCAGGUUGCUGCAGCAGCAAAUGAAGCAAAUAAGUUAUAUAAAGAAACCAGAGAGGUUCUGGUGGUGAACUCUCAAGGCGAAGUUUCCCGAGUGAACACCAAGAAGGAUGUUGUGAUUAAAGGAAAUAUGAACAACUAUUUCAAACUGGGGCAGGAGGGGAAGUACCGUGUUUAUCACAAUCAAUAUGCCACCAAUUCCUUCGCUUUGAACAAGCACCAGCACAGGGAGGACCACGACAAGAGGCGACACCUCUCACACAAAUUCUGCCUGACUCCAGCUGGAGAGUUCAAGUGGAAUGGGUCUGUGCAUGGCUCCAAAGUUCUCACCAUAUCCACCCUGAGGCUCACCAUUAUUCAGCUAGAAAACAAUAUCCCAGCAUCCUUCCUUCACCCUAAUUGGGCUUCCCACAGGUCUAACUGGAUUAAGGCUGUUCAGAUGUGCAGCAAACCCAGAGAAUUUGCACUAGCACUGGCUAUAUUGGAGUGUGCAAUCAAACCAGUUGUCAUGCUGCCCAUCUGGCGGGAAUCCUUGGGGCAUACAAGAUUACGCAGAAUGACAGCAAUAGAAAGAGAAGAAAAGGAGAAAGUGAAAAAAAAAGAGAGAAAACAAGAAGAAGAAGAAACAAUGCAGCAAGCUACAUGGGUGAAAUACACAUUUCCUGUCAAACACCAGGUUUGGAAGCAAAAAGGAGAAGAAUAUAGAGUAACAGGAUAUGGUGGCUGGAGCUGGAUUAGUAAAACCCAUGUCCACAGGUUUAUGCCCAAACUGCCGGGAAAUACUAAUGCAAAUUACAGAAAAUUGUUAUCAACAAAGAGCGAAGAUGAAAAAUGCACCUUGGAUAAACGAAAAGGUCCAACUAAGGUAAAAACAGAGAAGGACAAAGGAAAGGAUUCUCGAGAUCUGCAAGCAAAAGACAAAGCAGAUGUUUCAGAAACCUUGGAGAAAGUACAAGUCAAAGAAGAAAAGUUGCAUGAAGACAAAUUAGAAGUUGACACAAUUUCUGAAGACUUAGAUCAUGCAAAAGACACAGUGGAAAAAGACAUCGAUGGUGAAAAUGAUAAAGUCAUCAAAGAAGAACCCAUGGAUGUGGAUGAUGUGAAAAUUGAAUCCUCCAUAAAAGAUGAGGAAAGUCAUUGUAAACGGGAUAUAAUCAAUGUCAGUGAGGGAUUUCAUUUAAGGACUUGCUACAAAAGGAAAGUAAAAUCAUCAAAAUUAGAUGGGCUCCUGGAGCGGCGAAUCAAGCAGUUUACACUGGAAGAAAAGCAACGUCUAGAAAAGAUUAAGCUGGAGGCUGGUGCUAAAAUUGGGGGCAUUCGAUCUGUGAGCCCCCAGAAAAACACAGAUGAGCUACAAACGAGGAAAGGAAAAGAAGGAAGCCAGUUUGACUCUUCUUCCCAAGAGCAAAGCUACAUUUCAGACAAGACCCAAGCUGAGGACACAGAACAAGACUGUUUGCCCAUCAGCAGCAUCUCCUGUACCAAAACUGGGGAUGAAGAUGAAAAUUCUUUACCUGUGUCAAACAAGCUCUCAAAAGAGGGGCAGCUGCUGGAUGAAGGCUCCCCUCAAUCAUCUGAAGGAGACAGCUCCAUUCAGAAUGAUGGCAGAGAAAACAACCCUGAAACUUCCACUGCUGAUGAGUGUCAAGGACAAGAGGCUCUUGGAGAGUCUGAGAGCUCUGUAGUGGAUGGUUUGAAACAAAGCAGUGCAGAAGGCAGAAUCAAAUGGGAUGUUUCAGAAACAAAUGAAAAACCCUUGAAACAAAAGCUACCUAUUACCAGAGUGUCUCAGCAAGAACUUGAAAACUUAGGGCCAGUGGUACCUGAAAGCAGCUGUAGAAGAGCCACUCUUGAAAAACCAGACUCAGAAGGGAAUGCUGAACAGCAAAGUAAAGAUCCAGAAAACAAUUGUGUGAUAAAAAGCCAUAUGGAAACCAUGUCCUCUCAAGAAAGUGAAAUGGAGGAAGAAAUUGCUCCUGUAAAGACUGAAAGUAAAUCUGAAAAGAUGGUAUUUCACCAAAAAUCAGCUAAUAAAGAUCCAGAAUCAUUUAAAACAGGGCUGAUUACUGAAAGAAACCUUGAAGGUCAAACUCUGGACCAUAUGGAUGGGCAGGAUGGUAAUGAGGAUUUACUGAGCUCUAAACUAACAGAAGCCAAUGGUCAAAAGAAAGGUCAGGAACUGAGAGUGGAAACAGGUGCCAUGAACAAAUAUCUUGAUCAGACAAAUGUAAAUAUUGUUAGUGACAAAAAGAAUAAUAAAGAUGAAGAAACUGAGACAGAAAAAUCAUCAUUUCAAAUGAAUGGAAAAGACAAUGACAUUAAAGCAUUAUCAAAUGAUGGCUGCUUAGUGAAAAAUACCUGUGAAGCUAAGGCAGGGGGGGAUAUUGAACCAAAAGUUAAUAAUAUUAAUAAAUCCUUUCCAGAGCAUGAAAUAAAACCAUUGACUUUUAAGGAAUCUUCAGUAAAACCAUUCAUGAAUGGUGACAUCAUGGGGGAGGACACAAAGGAUAAAAAUAACGUGGACUCAAAGUCACGUCUGCAGAGUUCACCUCAGUCUGGAGAGAGUCUUCAGCCACCAGAUGAAGGUCCCAAGUAUGUGCAGAAAACUGAAGAAAGCCAGCUUUCUCCUGAGAGGUCUGCCAAUGUUGGCUCUGCUUUCCCACCAGCACAGCCUGUCUGCAAAGAAAAUAACCUGAACAGUGAAACAGAAUCUAUGGAGACUGAAGCAACUGAGGAGAAGAAAGUUACUCGGCCACCUGUAACCUCAUGUGAGGAAUCCAGCUUGAGCAGUCACUUUGCUGACCAGAAUGGGGUACAGACAUAUAAAAUGGAAAAUAUUAAUGGAGAAAGUAAAAUAAAAACUGUUAUUACUGAAGUGACUACCACAACCUCCACUGUGUCCACGGAGUCCAAGACGGUGUUUAAGGUUGCAGAGACUGGAGCUGCCAGCAGUGAGAAAAGCACAGUUGUCUCCUCUACAGAAAACUGUGCCAUCUCCACUGUCACCACCACCACCACUGUGACCAAGCUCAGUACUCCAGCCACAGACAGUAACUCUGAUGUCAUCUCUGUCCAGGAGCACAGUAAAACUGUGGUGACAACAACAGUCACCGAUUCGCUGACCACCCCUGAGGGCACACUGGUGACUUCCAUGACUGUCAGCAAAGAAUAUUCCACAAAAGACAAAGUGAAGUUAAUGAAAUUCACAAGACCCAAAAAAACUCGUUCUGGAACUGCCUUGCCAUCUUAUAGGAAAUUUGUUACCAAAAGCAGUAAGAAAAGCAUAUUUGUGUUACCCAAUGAUGACUUAAAAAAACUGGCCAGGAGAGGAGGGAUCAGAGAGGUUCCUUAUUUCAAUUACAAUGCGAAGCCUGCCUUGGAUAUCUGGCCAUAUCCAUCCCCAAGACCAACUUUUGGGAUCACUUGGAGGUACCGACUCCAAACAGUCAAAUCAUUGGCUGGAGUGAGCCUGAUGUUGAGGUUAUUGUGGGCAUGUCUCAAGUGGGAUGAUAUGGCAGCAAAAGCUCCACCUGGGGGAGGAACCACGAGGACAGAAACAACUGAAACUGAAAUUACAACAACAGAAAUAAUCAAGCGGAGAGACGUUGGUCCGUAUGGGAUCCGGUCAGAGUAUUGUAUAAGAAAAAUCAUUUGUCCCAUUGGUGUACCAGAGGCUCCAAAAGAAACUCCAACACCCCAGAGGAAGGGACUGCGAUCAAGUGCCCUCAGGCCAAAAAGGCCAGAAACACCCAAGCAAACAGGCCCUGUUAUAAUGGAAACUUGGGUAGCAGAGGAGGAGUUGGAACUGUGGGAGAUCAGGGCAUUUGCUGAAAGGGUGGAGAAGGAAAAGGCACAGGCAGUUGAACAACAGGCUAAGAAACGGCUGGAGCAGCAGAAGCAGAUCCCUGCAGGAGGUGUGGUCCCUGCAGCCACCACAGGCAGCAGCACUGCAACCCCAGUUUCCACACCUCAGAAAGUCGUGGUGGGCCCUCUGACAGGCCCUGUCCCCACGGGAACCAAAGUCGUGCUCACCACUAAAGUGGGGUCUCCAGCUACAGUAACAUUCCAACAGAACAAGAAUUUCCAUCAAACUUUUGCUACUUGGGUUAAGCAAGGCCAGUCUUCACCAGCCACUAGCACAGCUGCCACCUCAGCCACAACCAUUGCCAGCACAGGGCAGACCUUCCAGCUCUCAGGCAGCCCAGUAACGAUGGCAGGGAAAGUGAUAACUAAGCUGCCACUCCCUGCAAACAGCAAGAUUGUUGCCGUCAAUGUGCCAUCAACUCAAGGAGGUGUGGUUCAAGUUCAGCAAAAGGUAUUGGGUAUCAUUCCAUCAACUACAGGUGCAAGUCAAACCUUUACUUCAUUCCAGCCAAGGACAGCAACUGUAACCAUUAGGCCAAACACCACAGGAACAUUAGGAACAACAAGCACUUCACAGGUAGUGCAGGGGACGCCGCUGCGGCCCGGGAUGACGGUGAUCCGGACGCCACUGCAGCAAUCCACCCUUGGCAAGACCAUCAUUCGAACACCUGUAGUGGUGCAACAAGGUAUUCUGCCAGCCAGUCAGACACAGCAAGUGGUGACUCAGAUAAUCAGGGGUCAGCCUGUGUCAACAGCAAUUUCUAGUACCAGCACAGCUUCUUCCAGCACUGGGCAGAAAACCAUCACAAGUUCUGGAACAACCCCUCAACAAGUUCAGCCACAGACCCCAACACCACCCCCUCGCCCUCAGCAGGGCCAGGUGAAGCUGACAAUGGCCCAGCUCACCCAGCUCACACAAGGACAGGGUGGCAGUCAAGGCUUAACUGUGGUAAUUCAGGGACAAGGUCAAACUACUGGUCAGUUACAAUUAAUCCCUCAGGGUGUGACUGUAAUACCUGGUCCAGGACAGCAGCUUAUGCAAGCAGCUAUGCCAAAUGGUACAAUUCAGAGAUUUCUGUUCACCCCACUGCCAGCAGCUGCUACUACAGCUAGCACAACUACAACCACCGUUUCUACUUCAACCUCGGCUGCGGGGGAAGCGAAGCCGGCUCUGCAGGCGCCUCCAGCACCGGCCGUGCCCGCGGCGCAGGGCCAGCCCCAGGGCCAGCCCGGCUCGGCCGCGGCUCAGCCCACGGGGGCUCAGCCCCAGGGCGCUCAGCCCGAGGCCCCGAGCCAGCCCGAGGCUCCCGGGGACUCCGCAGCCGCUCCCGAAGCUCAGCCCUCCAAAUCUCCGGCCCAGUCUCCAGCGCAGGCUCCGGGGCUCUCUCCAGCGCCAGGCCCGAUGCAGUCACCACCCGCAGGCCUGUCCCCAGGCCAGCCCCAGGCUCAGCAUCCAGCUCAGGUGGUUAUGAAGCAGAAUGCUGUCAUAGAACAUUUGAAGCAGAAGAAGACACUGACUCCAGCUGAGAGGGAAGAAAAUCAGAGAAUGAUUGUGUGCAACCAAGUGAUGAAAUAUAUUCUGGAUAAGAUAGACAAAGAAGAAAAACAGGCAGCUAAGAAACGGAAGCGAGAAGAGAGCGUGGAGCAGAAGCGGAGCAAACAGAACGCGACCAAGCUCUCAGCUCUGCUUUUCAAGCAUAAAGAGCAGCUGAAAGCUGAAAUACUGAAAAAAAGAGCACUUCUGGACAAAGAUCUACAGAUUGAAGUGCAGGAGGAGCUAAGGAAAGACUUGACUAAAAUUAAGAAAGAAAAAGAAAGAGCCCAGGCAGCAGCUGCUGCUGCAGCAGCCGCAGCCGCCGCGGCCGCCGCCGCUGCCCCACCACCACCGCCACCAGUGCCACCAGCACCGCCACAGCUGCCAGCAGCCAGCGUCACCUCCUCCUCCUCCACCACUGUCCCCGUGCCAGUCUCCUCCCAGAAGAGAAAACGAGAGGAGGAGAAAGAUUCCUCAGCUUCCAAGUCCAAGAAAAAGAAAAUGAUUUCUACUACCUCAAAGGAAACAAAGAAGGACACAAAGCUUUACUGCAUCUGUAAAACGCCUUACGACGAGUCCAAGUUCUAUAUUGGCUGUGAUCUUUGUACUAACUGGUAUCAUGGAGAAUGUGUUGGAAUCACAGAAAAGGAGGCUAAGAAAAUGGAUGUGUACAUCUGUAAUGAGUGUAAACGGGCACAAGAGGGCAGCAGUGAGGAGUUGUACUGUAUCUGCAGAACACCUUAUGAUGAGUCGCAAUUUUACAUUGGCUGUGACCGAUGUCAGAACUGGUACCACGGGCGCUGCGUGGGCAUCCUGCAGAGCGAGGCAGAUCUCAUUGAUGAGUACGUGUGUCCCCAGUGCCAGUCCACAGAGGAUGCCAUGACUGUGCUCAGCCCCCUCACAGACAAAGAUUAUGAGGGCUUGAGGAGGGUCCUGCGCUCCUUGCAGGCUCACAAGAUGGCAUGGCCAUUCCUAGAACCAGUAGAUCCCAACGAUGCACCAGAUUAUUAUGGUGUCAUCAAAGAACCAAUGGACCUUGCUACCAUGGAAGAAAGAAUCCUGAAACGCUACUACAAAAAGGUCACGGAGUUUGUGGCAGACAUGACCAAAAUUUUUGAUAACUGCCGUUACUACAAUCCAAGUGACUCCCCUUUUUACCAGUGUGCAGAGGUUCUGGAGUCUUUCUUUGUACAGAAACUGAAAGGAUUUAAGGCAAGCAGGUCCCAUAACAACAAACUGCAGUCUACAGCUUCUUAGAGUUCAGCGUGUUAACCAAACACACGAGCUGGAUCUGGUUGUCUGACAAUUUUUAAUUAAGGAGCCAGAUGUUUUUAGUCAGGUUAUCCUGACAAGACUUGAUGUAAACUGCGUUUUUAUUGGUCACAACAGUCAAAUAAUACUCUUGGCUUAUUUUGUCCAAAGGACAAAGAAAUAAAAAUCAGCAGCACCACUUUCUUGUCAAGAUCAAAUUGUUGUACUAUUGUGGCAGAAGCAGGAAAACUUUGUUUUCUUGAAGGAGAGAGAGAGAAAGAGAGCAAGAAAAAAGAUACAGUAAAUGGGGUCACGAUUAACUCCAUGGAAAUGCCACGUCUGUUCUUCAGUGAAGAAGCUGGUUUAAAGUCCACACAGAAAACUUUGACUGUAUUUAUUUAUUGUUGCAAAAAAGACGCUUUUUUAUUGCUGCCCUCAUUUGUCAGCUAAUUAUUUUUUCUUAUAAAAUCCAGCCCCGGUUCCAUGUAAUCCAUUCUGUAUCUUAACAUGAUUCCUGUAGGUAAAAGUACAAGAAGACCUCUAGAUGUCUUUUCUUUCUAUGAAAGGAGCUGCUAUGUACACAUGUGCACACACACAGGACUGGGAAUCAACAAGGAGUUUAUCAUUCAUGGUAGAUAAAAACAAGCUUGCAUAAAAGUUGGGCUGAGUGGUCAUGGACUACAGACUCUGUUGCCUUGAAUAUAACAAACAGUACAAUUUGUCAUUUACUCUGCACCAGACUGAACUGAGUAAAAUCUAUUUGAAGGUAUCUUGUUUGUAAACAUUUGUCAGAUUCUAAUUUUUUUUCUUUUGUAUUAAAAUUCAAAAUAUGGAUGUAUAUGAAACAAAAUAAAUGGAGAUCAUUGUUCUCCCCACAGCCGUAGGUGUGUUUGAGUGUGUGCUGCCACGUGUGUGAGACACUUUGGGGAUCUGUGCAGGGAGUGCCAGGAGCAGGGGUGGGGAUGGCCAGGGAGCAGGACCUGAGCGUGUUGCAGCCCUGCUGUCCCUAUAGAACAUUCCCCCAGCUGUGCCUGAAGGACUGAUCAGCUGUGCCAGGGCAGGAGGUGGUUGUGAGGUCACCAGAGCUCAGAGAUCUGUGCCGAGUGCUCUGGCAGUGUUCAGUGAGUGCCAGCUGUCCUUGUGUCCCUGCGCAGCUCCUGGGCUGCCUCCGUGUUUGCUGAGGGAUGAACUGCAGCCCAAGAAGAUGCAAAUUACAGAUGAGGAAGCUUUUCUUCCUCCUUUCUGUGUGUGUGAGUGGCUUCCUCUGGUAGCUGUCUGUAGUUCCCAGCCCUGGUUUCUCUGCAGCUCCUCACCCAGCUGACCAGAUUUUGCACUAACUCACAAUCAACUUGUGUUCUGCAGUGGUCUGGGAUUUACCUGAUUUAUGGAUAAGCUCCUUUUGGGUUUAACCUCACACCUUGCUAUGCAAGAACCUCCUCUGUUGUUUUUCUUAAAAAAGAUGUUGCUACUGACCACCCUUUCUUACACUUCCAGCUCAGGUGUUCAGGUUCUUCUGGGGGGAUUUUAUCUACUAAAAACCUGUGUGUUUUUGUACAUACAAACAUUGUAAUUUAACCUAUCUGUGAAAAUUACUAAUUGUUCAGUGUGGAAACAAUAAUUCAUUUAUGCUUCUGAAAGUCAAAGAAGAGUAGUUGCAUUUAGGUUAUGUUGUCCUUUGAAGUUUUAAGAAAAUGCUGCAUAUUGUAAGCAUUGUGUUUUAAUGGGACAAGGAAAAAUCUCACCUUUAACAGCGCUGGGACAUAUCCUGCAUCUCAUCCCAAUUUCUCAGCAUUUCUGUACUAUUUAUUCCUACCUAAAUCCAUAUGGACAUGAUUUAAACCUUUCAUACCUGUAGGCAAUAGAUUGCUGUUUUUAACAAAUUGUGGCAAACUGAAGAGUACUUUUUUGUACCUUAUAGGACACAUCAUCCUAGACAAAUAAAGUAAUGUGUUUGACAUGGA